UCUUUGGCGAAGCAGUCUUGUCGAAGUUACAGGAAGAUUAUUGCAGUUUUAUUAUCGAGAUGAAAAACGACUUAUCGCUUCGGAGUAUCAUGUUUUUCAUGAUCUUCAUAUUAUUCGUGUGCAUAUCGGAUGCGAAACCUAUUGAUUAUGAAGACAUUGCGAAUUUAUUACCAACGGAACCUCAGACCACGAAUGAUACGUUGGCCAUUAUUGUGCGGGAUCCGGUGGUGCAAGAUGCUGUACAAAAUACAGUCGGCAAUGGAUCCUUAGAAGGCUUGGUGAUAAAAAAGAAAGUGCUCGUUAUGCCCGCCACUGAACCUACUAAGGUGGUGUCACAGCGUGAACAGAUUCUCGUCGUUCCCAUGACAAAUUUAGAGGAUGUACGAAAAAAUAUAACAGAAACUGUGAAUGCAGAAACUAUAGAUGAUUCAACACCUACAGAUGUUCAACUUUUUACUGAAAACGAUGAAAAUGUACACACAAACUCGGAAAGUAAAGAUCUUUCGUUUUAUGAAUCGCAGCACGGUGAUUUAUACAAAGCAUUAAUCGAGACAUCUAAAACUACGCAGAAACCGUUCCUUAUCGAUAAUAUACCACAAGAAAUUCCAUAUAUUGUGCCGAACCCGAGCCAGGAAAUAGCGCUCUCGGAACAUCCACCACUUACAAUAUCGGUACCAAUCAUCGCGUUUCUAGAACCCGCAAAAAUAUCUGAUGAUAAAAUUGACAUGCCGAUCGCGGCAGUAUUACCAACGCAAGAUGAAAACUUAAAAAGUCAAUUUGAGAACAGCCGUGACGAAAUUCAACGGAAUGUUCAAAAUUACGUCGAUGACAACUCAUGGAACGUAGAUCCUAACAAUUGGCGAUUUGAUCUGUCCUCUUCGGAGAUGGAAGUGUCACCGUCACAGUACGAGCCGAGCACAAAACAAAUCAAAUACACGAAUGAUAUCGAAAAUUCAUUGCCUGCCGCAAUGUCUCGUGUCGAUAUUAUAACACCACUCUUUUGGACUUCGGAUGCAGAUACUAACUAUUUCAAAAAUCCACACGAUAUGGAAGUUGCCGCGCAUACUAUCUUUAGACCGCUUUUCAGAUACCGACAAGAGAUGCAGCGGAGAUCUUAUAGAAAUUCGGCUUAUCAAAGAUACAAUUCUUAUCCAAGACGAAAUUAUCGAUAUAGAUCCCGUUAUUCCAACUAUUAG